CCUUCCCUGUAAUCGACAAUCAAACCAUCCCGCCGCACCGCACACCUCAUUCUCGUCGGUUUUGAAAACCCCGACAUCACCACCGCAGUCAACCCAUUUGAUUAAGCUGCCUGUUGUUCGACUGCUCGCCCGUCAUGUCUCGCAGAUACGAUUCCCGCACAACGAUCUUCUCGCCCGAGGGCCGCCUCUACCAGGUCGAAUAUGCCCUUGAGGCCAUCUCCCAUGCCGGAACUGCAAUUGGCAUUCUUGCCAAGGACGGUAUUGUCCUGGCUGCGGAGCGCAAGGUGACGUCGAAGCUGUUGGAGCAGGACACCUCGGCCGAGAAGCUGUACAUCGUCAACGACAACAUGCUUGCAGCCGUCGCAGGUAUGACGGCCGACGCCAACAUCCUCAUCAACUACGCCCGCCAGGCUGCCCAGAGAUAUCUCCUCACCUACAACGAAGACAUCCCAUGCGAACAACUCGUCCGGAGACUGUGCGAUCUGAAGCAGGGCUACACACAACACGGAGGUCUGAGACCCUUUGGUGUGUCCUUCAUCUACGCCGGAUGGGAUCCCCGCAGACAGUUCCAGCUCUACCAGAGUAACCCCUCAGGCAACUACGGUGGAUGGAAGGCGACGGCUGUUGGUGCCAACAGAGCCAGCGCGGAGAGUUUGUUGAAGCAGGACUACAAGGAGGACUGCACUCUGAAGGAGGCCUGCGGCAUGGCGGUUAAGGUCCUGAGCAAGACCAUGGACUCAACGAAGCUGAGUGCAGAGAAGCUCGAGUUCGCCACGGUUGGCCAGACGAGCGACGGCAAGAUCUACCACAGGCUCUGGACCGCGGAGGAGAUCAAGGAGCUUCUUAAGGAGCAUGACCUGGCGAAGGACGAGUCCACCGAGGACAAAUAAC